CGGCAGAAGGCGCAGCCAUGAAUCCGUUAUUUGGUCCCAACCUCUUCCUCCUACCGCAGGAGCAGCAGGGCUUGGCCGGGCCGCUGGGGGACCAUCUGGGAGGUGACCACUUUGCCGGUGGAGGGGACUUAGCCUCGGCUCCGCUUGCCUCGGCCGGUCCCUCUGCCUAUUCGCCUCCCGGGCCUGGUCCGGCGCCCCCCGCAGCCAUGGCUCUCCGCAACGACCUGGGCUCCAACAUCAACGUACUCAAGACCCUGAACCUCCGGUUUCGCUGCUUCCUAGCCAAGGUGCACGAGCUAGAGCGCCGAAAUCGGCUGCUGGAGAAACAGCUGCAGCAGGCUCUAGAGGAGGGUAAGCAGGGCAGGCGGGGCCUGGCCCGCCGUGACCAGGCGGUACAGACCGGCUUCAUCAGCCCGAUCCGGCCCCUGGGGCUGCCCCUGAGCUCCCGGCCGGCCGCCGUGUGCCCCCCAUCAGCGCGGGUGCUGGGCUCCCCCGCCCGCUCGCCAGCCGGACCCCUAGCAUCCUCUGCGGCCUGCCACUCAUCAUCCUCCACCUCUACAUCCACUGCCUAUUCCUCGUCGACCCGCUUCAUGCCCGGCACCAUCUGGUCCUUCUCACAAGCCCGCCGACUUGGACCGGGACUGGAACCCACGCUGGUGCAAGGGCCUGGCCUGUCGUGGGUACACCCUGACGGGGUGGGCGUCCAGAUCGACACCAUCACCCCGGAGAUCCGUGCACUGUACAACGUGCUGGCCAAAGUGAAGCGGGAGCGGGACGAAUACAAGCGAAGGUGGGAAGAGGAGUACACAGUUCGGAUACAGCUACAAGAGCGAGUCACUGAGCUCCAGGAGGAGGCCCAAGAGGCCGAUGCCUGCCAAGAAGAGCUGGCCAUGAAGGUGGAGCAGCUCAAAGCCGAGCUGGUGGUCUUCAAGGGGCUCAUGAGUAAUAAUCUGACAGAGCUGGACACCAAGAUCCAGGAAAAGGCCAUGAAGGUGGACAUGGACAUUUGCCGCCGCAUCGACAUCACAGCCAAGCUCUGCGACCUGGCCCAGCAGCGCAACUGCGAGGACGUGAUCCAGAUGUUUCAGAAGAAGCUGUCUCUACACUUGUCUCCCAUUAAGGUCCCGUCCAUGGGGGGGCGGAAGCGGGAGCGCAAGGCUGCUGUGGAGGAGGACGCCUCCCUGUCGGAGAGCGAUGGGCCCCGCCAGCCUGAGGGUGCCGAGGAGGAGAGCACAGCCCUCAGCAUCAACGAGGAGAUGCAGCGCAUGCUCAGCCAGCUGAGGGAGUAUGAUUUUGAGGACGACUGUGACAGCCUGACUUGGGAGGAGACUGAGGAGACCUUGCUACUUUGGGAGGAUUUCUCAGGCUAUGCCAUGGCAGCCGCAGAGGCCCAGGGAGAGCAGCAGGAGGACAGCUUGGAGAAGGUGAUCAAAGAUACUGAGUCCCUGUUCAAAACCCGGGAGAAGGAGUACCAGGAGACCAUUGACCAGAUAGAGCUGGAACUGGCCACAGCCAAGAACGACAUGAACCGACACCUGCACGAGUACAUGGAGAUGUGCAGCAUGAAGCGGGGCCUGGACGUGCAGAUGGAGACCUGCCGCCGGCUCAUCACACAGUCCGGAGACCGAAAGUCUCCUGCUUUCACUGCGGUCCCGCUUAGCGACCCGCCGCCACCGCCAAGCGAGACUGAGGACUCCGAUCGGGAUGUCUCAUCUGAUAGCUCCAUGAGAUAGGAAGGAGCCAGUGCCUGGUGCCCCAGAGCUCACCGGGUGGGGUGGGGGUCUGCAAGACUGUCUUCUGUGCCACUGCAGGAAGCCAGGCCUAGACUGUCCUCCCCAGGGUUCUGGAGCUAGGCUCGGCCCCACCCUCCCUGUACAACUCCCAUCACUGUACACUGGGGCACUCUUGCCUUCCUCACAUGUGGCUAUCUGCUACUUCUCCAUCUUUGGAAUGCUGCCAGAACACUUGUGAGCCUCCCCUUUCCAUUUUGUAAGGAAUGUGAUUACGGGACCCGCCUGUAUUCCUUGCGUAUCUUGGAUUUUGUACUGGUGCUAACUGGCAUAGGCACGCGUGUGAAGCAGAUUCAUCAUGUACCUUUGAAUAGGGCCUUGCUCCCCAGUAAGCACACCUCAGAGGGUGUGGGGCACUGUGUCCACAUGCUCACAGCUGCCCAGCUGCCUACUGCACAGUGAAUGUUGAGGUUUGCCUGGGCCAGGUCGCUGCAGAGAGGUGAAGUUGCCACCACAUAUGGGUGUGGCCUGCCAGAGGUUCCUGGUGCUCAGGGCCUGUUUUCCAGUGAUCAGCCGAGGGUAUGUCUCCUUGGCUGUCACUGACAAAACCAAAAGGUUAAGAUGUCCCUGACUGAGGGAGACAGGCUCUCCCAGGAGAGGCUAUGCAGAGCCUACGUUUGAAUGGAACCUUUAAAAAAAGAAAAUGAAGGUGUGGAGUACUUUCAAGCA